UGCCAACGUCACUGGAACAUUAGAGGAGUUUGCAGUAGAGCGGGCGGCAGGCCAAAUGGACCCUUUCACAAUGCAAAGGCUGAUUUUUCCUGGAUGCUCGCUGCUUUGACGAAGAAAACAACUGCUUCCACACCCAGGGCAAGAAGACAAUGUUGCACCCUGGAAGCAGAUAUAGGCAGUGUUUUUUUUUUGGACAUUAAAUCAACCUGACCUUAGCUUUGAGAAGCUGUAUGUUCUUUUUUCUUAAGAUAAUCAGGUUUGUCUGACCUGGUGCAAUUUUCAUGUGAUGUAAUGGAGCAGAUGGCUGCUGAAACCACGCUGAAAGACAAAGGGUUAGCAAACACACAUGAUGACAACUCAGCAUGGACUAGAAGGGAAAAAUUCCAAAGUAAGGAUGAAGCCAGCACCUUGAGACUGACUGCUGCUGCAGAAAACAAACCACGGGAAAUCACUGGAGACCUUAAGCAGCAAAGGGAGAGAAUUUUCCCCCUCAGCAAGAGAAAAUCUUCUUCUCCUUCAUCUGGAACCACAAGCAGUCUGCCCCCCUCUCCGAAGAGCAACAUGGGAGUUGACUGUGCUGACAUUGUCCUGAACUGUCUCUUCUGCCGAUUCCACGAAAUGAUCCCCAUCCUUCCUGACUGUUGCCAGAGACUCACCAAUCACUGCUGGCCGAGCUAUAAACAUGUGGACCCUACUGUCGAGUCUUCACACAGUGAUGAUGAUGACUCUUGUGUUGAGUUGGAUUGUGGUUUCUUCGGGACCUGCCAAGAUGCAAGUGACUGCUUGGAACUGGCUAUGGAAGUCUCCGAAAUAUGCUAUCACUAGCAGAAAGCCCAGGAUUAGAAGAAGGGAAUGUCUCGGGGCCAAAGGAAAUCAAAUUUAUUGGGGAAAUAAUGUUGGAGUUAUGCAGAGACAUUUUAUGAAGGGUUAUGCAUGCAGA